CGGCGGCGGAGGCGGCGGCGAUGAUGACGAAGAAGACGAUGAAGAGGAACGCCAGGCCUGUGAUUGUCCUUCUCUGCUUCUUCUUCCUCUUCUUGUGCCCUUCUUCCUGUCAAACGCCAACCAAGUUGCCGCCGGGCGAGGUGGCUGCGCUGCAGCAGAUAGGGAAGAUCCUGGGGAAGACGGACUGGGACUUCAGUGUCGACCCAUGCAGCGGUAAGUCGGGAUGGACGACCCUCCGGCCUCAGAAGGGAUUCGAGAAUGAGGUCGGCUGCGAUUGCAACAAUACCGUCUGUCACGUCACCAGAAUAUUCCUGAAAACUCAAGGCCUAACUGGGACGCUACCGAAAGAUCUAUCGGGACUUCCAUUUCUUGAACAAUUGGAUCUUACUCGGAACUACCUCUCUGGACCAAUACCACCAGAAUGGGGCUCACUCCGGCUCGUUAACGUGUCACUCAUGUCCAAUCGCCUCUCAGGGCCCAUCCCAGAAGAACUUGGAAACAUGAUCUCUCUAAAGAAUAUAACGAUUGAAAAUAACCAGUUCUCCGGACAACUCCCACCACAUAUUGGAAAUUUGACAAAUUUAAUCAGAUUGAUAAUCUCAUCAAAUAAUUUUACAGGAGAGCUACCGGCAACAUUGGCAAGGCUCAAAAACAUGACAGAUUUUCGGAUAAGUGACAAUGGUUUUUCCGGAAAACUACCUGAUUAUAUUGGGAACUGGAUUCAACUGAAUAAAUUAAUGAUCCAAGGAACAGAUCUCGAGGGCCCUAUUCCUCCCCUUGGUUCACUAAAGGGCCUUACAUUCUUAAUGAUUAGUGAUAUAAAAGGAACAGGUUCCAACUUCCCUGAGUUGAGCCAAAUGAGUUUGGUCAGACUGAUACUAAGAAAUUCAAAUAUCUCUGGUGAAAUCCCAGAUUAUCUUGGUGAUAUGGGAAGUCUGGAAAUCAUAGAUCUAAGCUUUAAUCACCUGUCUGGUACUGUUCCAACUUCAUUAAUAAAUCACAAAACCUUACGUAACAUGUUCUUAACAAGCAAUCAACUAAAUGGCCCCUUCCCUGAAUGGAUCUUCAAGACGCAGUUCAAAACAGAUUUGUCGGUCAACAGUUUCACAUCAACAGCUUCUGAAGGGUCGUCUUCCUGCCAAGUGCAAAAUGCCAACUUGGUUGAAAGCUAUUCACCAGCAACCGUGAACAGCAAAGAAAUAUGUUCUUACUGGAUUAAUAACUUCACUUGCUCCGGAAAAAGAAAAUAUUCAUCGUUUCAUAUAGACUGUGGAAGUAAGUCUCCCACCACCUUUGAAGGCACAACCUUUGAAAAAGAUGGAGUAGUUGGUACUGCAACAUUCUUUGCGAGUGAGAGUGAAGCAUGGGCAAUGAGCAGCACGGGUGCAUACUUGGAUAAUGCUGAUGUAGCUGAUGAUUUCACAGCUACCAACUCUUCGAUUCUAUCUAUUCCUGAUGCAGCAAUCUAUACCACAGCACGCCAUUCUCCAAUCUCCUUCAAAUACUACGGACUCUGUCUCUGGGAUGGACCUUAUACAGUAACACUCUAUUUUGCAGAAAUAAUGUUUACGGAUGACAAAAACUUUAGCAGCCUUGGCAAGCGUGUUUUUGACGUAUAUAUACAGGAUAAACUAGUGCUUAAGGAUUUCAACAUAGAAGAUGCUGCUAAUGGACCUGGCAAGGCUGUUACUAAGAAAUUCUCUGCCAAUGUGACAAGUGGAGUUCUAAGGAUCCAUUUCUUUUGGGCUGGGAAAGGCACCACUGUGGUACCACUGAGAGGAGACUAUGGUCCUUUAGUGUCUGCCAUUUCAGUUGAUGCUGACUUCGUACCUCCAAAGACCAUUGAGAAAAAUACCACCAAAAUUAUUGUGAUUGUCGUUGCGUCGAUUGGAGUGCUGUUGCUCCUAAUUCUGGGAAGCCUUUGCGUAUUCUCAGUACUCAAGAGAGGUUUUGGAGAACGUGAUAGAAGUAGUACUUUCACCUUGCGCCAAAUACAGGCUGCUACAAGGAACUUUCAUCCUUCCAACAAGAUCGGACAAGGUGGAUUUGGGUUAGUGUACAAGGGACAGCUACCAGAUGGGACCAUUGUUGCAAUAAAGCAGCUGGCACCCAAAUCGCGGCAAGGAAACCGUGAAUUUAUCACCGAGAUGGGCAUGAUUUCAGCAUUGCAGCACCCAAAUCUAGUAAAGCUUCACGGUUGUUGCAUUGAAGGCAAUGAACUCUUACUGGUCUACGAGUACAUGGAAAACAAUUCCCUUGCUCAUGCUUUGUUUGGUACGCUUGAAGAUCGCAAGAACUCUAAAAAUGGGCUGAAACUGAACUGGCCUACACGCCGUAAAAUAUGCAUUGGAAUUGCUAAAGGUCUGGCAUAUCUCCAUGAGGAAUCUAGACUGAAGAUAGUUCACAGAGACAUAAAAGCUUCAAAUAUUCUGCUCGACAAGGAUCUGAAUGCCAAAAUUUCUGACUUCGGCCUGGCCAAACUUGAUGAAGAUGAGAAUGCCCUGAACAACACCCGAAUAGUUGGAACUCAGGGCUACAUGGCACCUGAAUAUGCCCUGCAUGGCGAACUGACAUGUAAAGCAGAUGUUUAUAGUUUUGGUGUUGUUGCUCUUGAAAUAGUUAGUGGAAAAAGCAACAAAAUGAAGCACUCAAGAGAAUGCAUGUACCUGCUGCAAUUGACAUACCGCCUUAAAGAAACAGGAGAUCUCCUGAAGCUUGUGGACCCAGAGUUGGGUGCAAACUUCUCUAAGGAGGAAGCCCUGGUUAUUCUGAAUGUGGCUUUAUUGUGCACCAAUGCUUCGCCUUCACUUCGGCCCGAUAUGUCAAAGGUGGUGGACAUGAUUGAGGGUAAAAUUCUCAUUGAUCCUCAAUCUGUGUGUUCUAUUGAAAAGGUGGAUAGCACCAUUAUCCACUUUAGCGAACCUCAACACAGCUGGACGCUGGACAACAGCCAAGAAGGACCAUGGACCAGGAAUACCGCAUCAUCAAUUUCAAUGGCGAGCAAGGAAUCCACAAAAGAUGGACAGACUGUAACAGAAAUCUCUGAGGACCUGCAUCCAAAGGACGCAGAACUAGAUUAUCCUCGCAAUCAUCCCAAUUAUGUGAUGAGCCAAACUCGCAAGAAAUCAUCCCCAUGGGGCCCAUGUUGUUCCGGUGGUAAGGCGCAACAAUCUCCAUGUAGCAGCGCCGACGGCGAUGAUGAUGUGAAGCUCACGAAGAAGAAGAUGAUGGGGAAGACCAGGCCUGUGAUCGUCCUUCUCUACUUCUUCUUCCUCAUCCUGUGCCCUUCUUCCUCCCAAACACCUACCAAGUUGCCGUCGGGCGAGGUGGCUGCGCUGCAGCAGAUCGGGAAGAUCCUGGGGAAGAGGGACUGGGACUUCAAUGUCGACCCAUGCAGCGGUAAGUCGGGAUGGACGACCCUCCGGCCUCAGAAGGGAUUCGAGAAUGAGGUCGGCUGCCUUUGCACCGAUGCCGUCUGUCACGUAACCAGAAUAUUCCUGAAAACUCAAGGCCUAACUGGGACGCUACCGAAAGAUCUAUCGGGACUUCCAUUUCUUGAACAAUUGGAUCUUACUCGGAACUACCUCUCUGGACCAAUACCACCAGAAUGGGGCUCACUCCGGCUCGUUAACGUGUCACUCAUGUCCAACCGCCUCUCAGGGCCCAUCCCAGAAGAACUUGGAAACAUGAUCUCUCUAAAGAAUAUAACGAUUGAAAACAACCAGUUCUGCGGAGAACUUCCACCACAUAUUGGAAAUUUGACAAAUUUAGUCAGAUUGGUCAUCUCCUCGAACAACUUUACAGGACCGCUACCAGCAACAUUGGCAAGGCUCACAAACAUGACCGAUUUUAGGAUAAGUGACAAUAGUUUUUCUGGAAAGCUGCCUAAUUAUAUUGGGAACUGGACUCAACUGAAUAAAUUAGUGAUCCAAGGAACUGAUCUCGAGGGCCCUAUUCCUCCCCUUGGUUCACUGAAGGGCCUUACAUUCUUGAUGAUAAGUGAUAUAAAAGGAGCAGGUUCCAACUUCCCUAAGUUGAGCCAAAUGAGUUUGGUCAGACUGAUACUAAGAAAUUCAAAUAUCUCUGGCGAAAUCCCAGAUUACCUUGGUAAUAUGGGAAAUCUGGCAAUCAUAGAUCUAAGCUUUAAUCACCUGUCUGGUGCUAUUCCAAAUUCAAUAAGAAACCUCAGAUCCUUACGUAACUUGUUCUUAACAAGUAAUCAUCUGUCUGGCCCUGUCCCUGAAUGGAUCUUGAAGGCGCAGAUAUCCACAGAUUUGUCGGUCAACAAUUUUACAUCAACAGCUUCUGGAGGGCCAUCUCUCUGCCAACAGCCAACUGUUAACUUGGUUGAAAGCUAUUCACCAGCAACCGAGAACAGAAAUGCAAUAUGUCCUUACUGGAUUAAUAACUUCACUUGCACUGGAAAAAGAAAAUAUUCAUCGUUUCAUAUAGACUGUGGAAGUAAGUCUUCCACCUCCUUUGAAGGCACAGCCUUUGAAAAAGAUGGAGGAGUAGUUGGAGCUGCAACAUUCUUUGUGAGUCAGAGUGAAGCAUGGGCAAUGAGCAGCACGGGUGCAUACUUGGAUAAUGCUGAUGUAUCUGAUGAUUACACAGCUACCAACUCUUCGAUUCUUUCUAUUCCUGAUGCAGAAGUCUAUACCACAGCACGCCAUUCUCCGCUCUCCUUCAAAUACUACGGACUCUGUCUCUGGGAUGGACCUUAUACAGUAACACUCUAUUUUGCAGAAAUAAUGUUUACGGAUGACAAAAAUUUUAGCAGCCUUGGCAAGCGUGUUUUUGACGUAUAUAUACAGGAUAAACUGGUGCUUAAGGAUUUCAACAUAGAAGAUGCUGCUAAUGGAUCUGGCAAGGCUGUUACUAAGAAAUUCUCUGCCAGUGUGACAAAUGGUGUUCUAAGGAUCCAUUUCUUUUGGGCUGGGAGAGGCACCACUGUGGUACCACUGAGAGGAGACUAUGGUCCUUUAGUGUCCGCCAUUUCAGUUGAUGCUGACUUCGAACCUCCAAAGACCAUUGAGAAAAAUACCACCAAAAUUAUUGUGAUUGUCGUUGCGUCGAUUGGAGUGCUGUUGUUCCUAAUUCUGGGAAGCCUCUACGUCUUCCCAGGACUCAAAGGAGCUUUUGCAGAACGUCAUAGAAGUAGUACUUUCACCUUACUCCAAAUAAAGGCUGCUACAAGGAACUUUCAUUCUUCCAACAAAAUCGGACAGGGAGGUUUUGGGCCAGUCUACAAGGGACAGCUAUCAGAUGGGACCAUUGUUGCAAUAAAGCAACUGUCAUCCAAAUCGCAGCAAGGAAACCGUGAAUUUAUCACUGAGAUGGGCAUGAUUUCAGCAUUGCAGCACCCAAAUCUCGUAAAGCUUCAUGGUUGUUGCAUUGAAGGCAAUGAACUCUUACUAGUCUACGAGUACAUGGAAAACAAUUCCCUUGCUCAUGCUUUGUUUGUUGAAAAUGGGCUAAAACUAAACUGGCCCACACGCCGUAAAAUAUGCAUUGGAAUUGCUAAAGGUCUGGCAUAUCUCCAUGAGGAAUCUAGACUGAAGAUAGUUCACAGAGACAUAAAAGCUUCAAAUAUUCUGCUCGACAGGGAUCUCAAUGCCAAAAUAUCUGACUUUGGCCUGGCCAAAAUUGAUGGAGAUGAGAAUGCCCAGAACAGCACCCGAAUAGUUGGAACUCAGGGUUACGUGGCACCCGAAUAUGUCUUGUAUGGUGAACUGACAUGCAAAGCAGAUGUUUAUAGUUUUGGUGUUGUUGCUCUUGAAAUAGUUAGUGGAAAAAGCAAUACAAGUAGGCACUCUGAAGAAUACAUGCACCUGCUGGAAUUGACAUACCACCUUAAAGAAACAGGAGAUCUUCUGAAGCUUGUGGACCCAGAGUUAGGUGCAAACUUCUCUAAGGAGGAGGCCUUGGUUAUCCUUAAUGUGGCCUUAUUGUGCACCAAUGCUUCGCCUUCCCUUCGGCCCAGUAUGUCAUUGGUGGUGGACAUGAUUGAGGGUAAAAUUCUCAUUGAUCCUCAAUCUGUGUGUUCUAGUGAAAAGGUGGAUAGCACCAUUAUCCACUAGUCAACCUCAGCACAGCUGGACGCUGGACAACAGCCAAGAGGGACCGUGGUCUACUGCAUCAUCAAUUUCAAUGGCGAGCAAGGAAGCCACAAAAGAUGAACAGAGUGUAACAGAAAUCUCUGACAUGUAUCCAAAGGACGCCAAGCUAGCUGACCCUGGCAAUCAUCCCAAUUAUGUGAUGACCCAAACUUGCAAGAGAUCAUCCCCAUGUGGCCCAUGUUUUUCCGGUUGUAAGGCGCAACAAUCUCCAUGAACCAAUAAAGAAUCUGUACUUGGGAAUGUUCUUACGGUGCAUAUACACUUGUGAUUUAUACAGCUGGGCUUUAGAUCUUGACGGAAGAUUCUAUGCCAUAGACUAUGACUGCCAUGUUUGGGUGGAAUCUGGGUUCGACAUACAAGUAAGCCGAUAAUUCUAACCUCUAUGAACAUCAGUCUGAAUGCCCUUGCUACACUUCAUUUUUGUUCCACAAUUAUUGAAGGUAUUUAUGUCCGUUUCAAUGUCUUUUUAUGCAAAAUUGUGUGGAUCCACAAAGUUGACUCAGCCUUCUGUGUCCUUUUUUAUUUUGGGAACUGUAUUAACAUUUGAAACUUCAUCAUACAAAAUAUAGCCCGAUUCAUGGUGUUAUUGAAUUUCAUUAGUAUAUCAGGAUGCACCAAUUUGGUCAGACUUCAAUGAAGUACUCGUACAACGACGAGGGAUUUAAAGGUUGAGAACAAGCAUUCAUAUUUAUGUACGAUCAUAUCUGUAACUUAUAAAAAGGUGAUCAGCCGAAUUAGUGUUUGUACAGUUUCCACGCUUUAUGUCUUUGACCUUCCAAGUAUCUCUAAUAUCUUUAGCACAACAGGAUAUCUCAACUUCUAUGUUAUUCUUUGUUGCCACCAACUGGGAAAAUGAUUAUUUUGUUUAAAAUCAUCGAAAGAAACUUAUGGUACUUACUGACAAACCUUCAGCAACGUCAACUUCUCUAGGUCUCCAGCCUUCCUAAGUUUCUCCAGUAAUUUUUCACAAGCUCUGUUCUAUGAAUCAAAUGUUUUUGCACAUAUACAUUCAUUAGUUUGAAUUUUAUGAAAUGCUACACGAUAUAUGUUCCAGGAGGGAAUAUGCUAAAAAAUCGACAGAACCCCAGUCAAACUUAUGGUUGACCACCUGCUUCUUUCAAAACCUCCAAAGAGGCAUACCAAUUUCUCAAGUUAAGUUCUAGAUCUAAAACAGAACCCUUCAGAUGCUAGACAAACUAAAAGUAAAUCAAGAUGAACUAAAUAGCUUUCUGCAGUACCUUUUCAUGCGUUUAUAUCCCCCUGCUCAAACAUCACCCUCCUUGUCUGCCUCACCCGCUCCUUUCA